GCAAUGGAUUCAAACUACAAGAAAGAAGAUUCCACCUAAACAUUAGGAAGAACUUCCUGACAGUAAGAGCUGUUCGGCAGUGGAAUUUGCUGCCAAGAAGUGUGGUGGAGUCUCCUUCUUUGGAGGUAUUUAAGCGGAGGCUUGACAGGCAUAUGUCAAGAAUGCUUUGAUGGUGUUUCCUGCUUGGCAGGGGGUUGCGACUGGGCUCUGACUCCCAGCAUUGCCCCCGAUCCUGGAGGGUGCUGGCUGCAGGGGCUGAUGGGAGCUGGAGCCCAGCGACACCUGCAAGGGUGGCCCUGGGUGCUCACCAUCCCUCGCUCAGGUGGGCCUCCUACGUUUCUGACCCAGCAAGGCAGCAGCCUACAGCAAUGUUGCAGGUCUUUUGGGGGGACGGAGAGCCUUGGCUGUUGUGCUAUGCAAAGAAAUGGGCUUGGUUUGAACUUAAGAAGAGCUUGCUGGACCAGGCCAGCGUCCUUCUCUCACAGAGGCCAACCAGAUGUUAGUGAGAUGCCCACAAACAGGAUCCAAACACAAGAGCCCUCUCCCUUCCUGCAGUUUUCCGCAACUGGUCUUCGGAAGCAUUGCCCCUUCCGACUGUGGAGGCAGAGCAGACCCAAGGUUACCAGUAGCCACUGAGAAGCCUUACCCUCCACAAAUCUGCCCACUGCUCUUCUAAAGCUGUCCGAGUUGGUGGCCGCUUCUGCCUCCAGUAGGAAGGAAUUCCACAGUUUACCUAUGUCUUGGCGCCUCCCUUGGGAAGCAGCAGUUGUGUGUCCUUCCCGGGGCCCGAGUGGCAUUCAAAGGUUCAGCAAUUUGUUGCUUUCUCAGUAAACAGUUUAUUGCCUUUGUAAUUACUGUGAUUAAGCGCCUACCCGGCGGUGGCAGGCUGCUUUUUCUGGUGUGGCAAGCGAGUUCCCUGCCACAACGAAGGGUGGGUUGCUUUCUGCCCCCCCCCCCAUUCCACUGCCUCCUACUUUUUCCCAGAUCCUGGCAUGCCCUCCUGGUGGUUGUGUUAUUGUGGGUGAGGAGUUGUUUAAGAUUGGGUGGCUGUCUGUAGGCAAUGAAAGGUCUUCCUCCCAGAGCUUGAAAAAGAGAGCUGUCAUUGUCUAGGAGAGGUUUUUACUGUUUUAACUUGGGAGCUGUAUGUGAUUACUAGUGUUCUGUUAUUUUCUUUUUUGGGUACCAAGUUCUCGCUGGGUAUCAGUCUGGCUCUGUUGAUCUGUUGUUUAACUUCAUCAGGUGGAUAUUUUAGUUCUAAAAAGGUUUGCUGUAGAUCUCUUGGGUGACAGUCUCUGUCUGUAGAGUUGGAACAGAUGCGGUUGUAACGUAGGGCCUGGCUAUAUACAAUGGAUUGUUUGGUAUGUUUGGGAUGGUAGCUAGAAGCAUGUAGAUAUGUUUGUCGGUCAGUUGGUUUUCGGUAUAAGGUGGUUGGUGUCUAUACACCCAUCCUGUAUUUUUACAGUAGUGUCCCAAAAACGUAUUUCUUGCAUAGAUUGGUUCAUUUGUUAGGUUGAUUGUGGGGUGAAAGUCAUUGAAUGUCUGGUGGAAGGUUUCCAGGGUCUGUUGACCAUGUGUCCAGAUAAUAAAAAUAUUGUCAAUGUAUCGCAGGUACAAGAGAGGUUUGAGUGGGUGGGAGUUUAGGAAACGUUCUAAAUCUGCCAUGAAGAUGUUGGCAUACUGUGGGACCAUGUGGGUGCCCAUGGCUAUGCCGCUGAUCUGGAGGAACAGGUCCUCACCAAAUUUGAAGUGGUUGUGGGUAAGGACAAAAUGGCAGAGUUUGGUAGCAAAGUCCUCUGUGAUUUUAUCUGAAAUGGUGUUCCUUAUGGCUUAUAAACCAUGUGUAAAUCGCAGGCUUGUAUGUGUGGAGUGUGUUUUACUUUGAGGGGUGGUUUGGGGACCUCGGCACACAAUAAAUGGGCAACAAAAAUAGUUUGUUUAUGUUUCCUGUUUUCUUUCCCCAAGCAGAGAUAAUAUGUAAGUGUGGUGUCAGCUCUCUAAAAAGGUCAACAACUUUGGGAAAGGGGGGAGGGGCGCCGGAGGGAUCUUCGCACCACGGCGCCGGAUAUGCUUAAGACGGCCCUGGGACUACCCUUUAGGGUUGUCGUAAAUUACUGUUCCAACCCCGGUUUUUUUGCCCGUGACGGCGGCAAGGCACUGGAGCUAACUUUGGCAAGGCGAGGGGCCGCCCUUGUGGCAAGUGCUUGUCGGUGGCCGGGCAGCGAAGAGCCCCGGAGGGCAGCUUUGGUGCUUAUUUGCUCCGAGGAUCGAGGCAGGCGCAGCCAUGGGCAGGGUCUCCGGGGAGCCGGCGGCAGCUUUAUAAGCCGGCGCCCUUCGUGGGGAUGGCCUUGUCUGGCGCCACCAUGCCUCCUGUCACCACCUUCCGCAAGUUGGGCCCCGAGCUCUAAAUUUUGGGAAAGGGAGGGGGCACAGGAGGGAUCUUUGCACCAAGGCGCUGGAUGAGCUUAAGACGGCCCUGCAUGGACUCCCUCUCUUUCCCUCCCCCACCGAAAGAUGCGAAAGGCGCACUCGCCGGAAGCCCGGAGCGCCCCACGGAUUCCUGCCGAGGGAUCCGUCGCGAGGGGAGCCAGACCUGCCUGUGUUCGCCUGGGCUGGGCUGUUAGAACUGGCGCCGCUACCUGACCUGCAUUGCAGGAUCUUGGUGCGAGUCAGGAGGGGGUCUCACCUUCAUAGCGGGAGCCGAAUGAGGGGUACAUCUGCCACUGAGCAGUGCCCCUCCCCCCUCAUGAGCAAAGCCCAAGUUCAAACACCAGCCCCUAUUUUUAAAAGGCACCCGUAAUGACGACACUGGGCUACCUUUUAGGGUUGUCGUAAAUUACUGUUCUAAGCCCCACAAAUCCGGUCUACUUUGCAGGGCUGUUGUAACGGGGACACCCCACGCCACGGCCCUGCCUCCCCCACGUUGUGUAAGGGGUGUGAAAAUGAACGGACUCCCCCCUCUCCCGGCAAGGGAUUAAAAGAGGGAAUGUAAACUGUGCCACCUUCGUGCCCCGGAGGUUGGGGGGGGGGGGCGUCUCUUUCCCUGCCAGCUCCGGGGAUCGAACCUAGGACCUUCUCAGCAAAAAAAAAACAAACAGCAUAACGGAGCUUGUUUUGAAUGAGAAUUUGUGCGUUCUGGGAGGGAGGGGUCAUUCAUUCCUCCUCAUGGGUCAGUGAGCUCGGCUUCCUAGAGAGGCAGGAAGGUUGGGAAGGGGGAGGGGGGAAUAAAGGUUGGAGGGGGAGGGGCGCCAUCCACAUUCCCGAAAGAGGAGCAGGUCUGCAGAGGAGGAGGGGAAAAAGAAAACAAUUUCUCUCUCCCCCACCCCCGUCGAAAAAGGACAAUGGAGAAGGCAGUCAAAAUUAUGGUGGGCCUUGUCCAAUGGGAAUAACAAAGAAAUCGUUUAAAUACAUGGAGUGUGGAAAGAGCUUCACUGACAGUGGAAAACUUAAAAUUCAUCAACAGACUCACACGGGGGAGAAACCAUUUCAAUGUAUGGAGUGUGAAAAGAGCUUCAGUCAGAGUGCACACCUUAGAAUUCAUCAACGGACUCACACGGGGGAGAAACCAUUUAAGUGCAUGGAAUGUGGAAAGAGCUUCAGUCAGAGUGGAGACCUUAGAAAACAUCACCGGACUCACAUGGGGGAGAAACCAUUUAAAUGCAUGGAAUGUGGAAAGAGCUUCACUGAUAGUGGAACACUUAGAAUUCAUCAACGGAGUCACACAGGGGAGAAACCAUUUAAAUGCAUGGAAUGUGGAAAGUGCUUCAGUGAGAGUGGAAGCCUGAAUUUACAUCAUCAGACUCACACAGGGGAGAAACCAUUUAAGUGCAUGGAAUGUGGAAAGAGCUUCAGUGGGAGUGGAAACCUUAGAAAACAUCAACGGACUCACACGGGAGAGAAACCAUUUCAAUGCAUCGAGUGUGGAAAGAGCUUCAGUGAGAGUGGACACCUUAGAAUUCAUCAACGGAGUCACACGGGGGAGAAACCAUUUAAGUGCAUGGAAUGUGGAAAGAGCUUCAGGAGGAGUGGACACCUGAAUUUACACCACCAGACUCACACGGGGGAGAAACCAUUUCAAUGCAACGAGUGUGGAAAGAGCUUCAGUCAGAGUGGACACCUUAGAAUUCAUCAACGGACUCACACGGGGGAGAAACCAUAUAAAUGCACAGAGUGUGGAAAGAGCUUCAGUCAGAGUGGAGACCUUAGAAAACAUCAACGUACUCACACGGGGGAGAAACCAUAUAAUUCCAAGGAAGCGGACAGAGGUUCAGUUGAAGUGGAAGUCUUACAAACCAUCAAAAGACUCUGAGGGGUAAGAGCUGUAAGAGUGGAAACUCUACAAGCCAUCAAUUAAAGAAGAGAAAUGGUUUAAAUAGAAGGAUUGUAGAUUCUGCUUUGGUUAUUAUGGAACACUUUUUAGAGUGUAGAAUCUGUUUCUCUACGAGUUGACAAUUUCUUUCACAUCAAUAACAGGAAAUCAAUCUUAAAUGCAUGCAUCGUAUGUGAGCUGUUGUUUGUAUGUAACAUUGUCUACACUUGUUUUUAAAGUAAUGAGGGUAACAUUUCAGAAAAGUAAGCAUAAUAUAAUACUUAAUGUAGUGUUAGAUAGGGAGGGGAGUGUGUGCGUCUGGAGUGUUGCUUCUGAAUGAGGAUUGACUGAGAGUGAGAUGGUUUUGGUGUUUGGUGGAGGGAGUUGGAAAUGUUUGUAUGUGGGAAUGGAGAGUUGCACAAAGUGGAACUGAGAUUGGUGGUGUUGCUUUGGAAGCAGAGUUAGAUUAGCAUAACUCCCACUGUUAUAAUUGCAAUAAUGGAACCAUGAAGACACAGAAAGAUUGAAAGCACCUACUUAUAUGCCCAAGGUAACCUUGAAACCCUCAUCUGUUGUUUUGAUAUACUGUAUAGAUAUAUUGUGCAUAGGUACGUUUUGUGGCAGGAGAAAUAAAAGGGAUAUUUAGUGGCAUAACAAGGAAAGGCUCUGUUCCUAGCUGCACGUCUUGCAUGAGGAGGGAAGGGGGCACAGGCAAGAAGGGGCCGUACCAGAGCAUCUCAAAGCAGUGGGGGGGGGGCACAGUGACACAAGUGUGUGUAGAAUGCUACCCCCAAAAUGACACAAGGGAGAAACAAUAAUGUGGAAGCAGGCAGGUCCGAAACCAAGAGUGCUAAGGGUCAACUUCUUCCAAAUCCACCAGCUGCCCCAAGGCAGGAGCCACCUCUGGGCCCUGAGGGUGGAAAGCCUCCCUCCAGCUUUGCAAGUGGAGAUGCUCCUAGGAAAUCCUCCUGCCAGCAGACCACAAUGCGUAUUAUUGAAGGGCUUCUGGUUUGCUUCUGAUCUGAAUGGCGGUGUGAUCUGUGUUGUCUUAACAAAGGCAAUCUUUUCGUGGCUUUUGUCCAGCCUGCUGCUGGAUGUGCCUCAAUCUAUAAAACAGUGUUGGGGAGGCUGCCUUUCUUUUUUGGUGGGGAGAAGAUAGUUGUCCCCAGGUAACUGCUCAGUGUCCCAGUAAGGCUGCUUUGGGGGGGGGGAGCACUCCUCUCUGGUUCCUCUCAGGCAGCAAAUGUCUUCGCCCCCCCCCCCAAUGGCUGGCUCCACAACUGCGCUUCAAAGAGGAUCUUUCAAUGCAAACAUUGGGAGGCGUCUCCCAACAGCAACCCUUGUCUACUGUUAACAGAAAAUCUGAGGGCUCCCUUGGACAAAACAAGACCCCAACCAAGCAUAUCAGAGCAAAACAGCAGCCAGUAGGCUUGGCCUUUAUUAAAGAAAGUACUGUCGCGACAGGGCCCCACCUGCAACAAGGUGAAGCAAGAUGGAGACCCUGAACAAAGGGGGUCUUCCCUUUUUAUUAGCAUCCCACCACCAAGGUACACCCCUAAAGAUACACCACUAAUAUGUCACUAAUAUGUCAUUGAUACAUCACAAAAAGUAGGGGUCCAGAGGUAGAAAUUUGAGUACCUGGCCAGCUGCUCCUGGCCUCUUCUUGCCCCCUCCCUGUUACAUUCCACAGGACAAAGAGAAGUUUCACAGUCAUUAUGAAGGUGAUAGCUGUUCUUUGAUUAGAUCCUGAGUCAAUCCAAUGUCUCUCAAAGCAAAGAAAUGUUGGAAUUAUGAAAAUCCACCACAGUAGUGAUUUUAUAUGAAUUUCCAUACCUUUCUACUGAAUAAAAGGAGACUAAAAGGCGCUGUGAGUUAAACCACAGAGCCUAGGGCUUGCUGAUCAGAAGGUCAGCAGUUCGAAUCCCUGCGACGGGGUGAGCUCCCGUUGCUCAGUCCCAGCUCCUGACAACCUAGCAGUUCGAAAGCACCUCAAAGUGCAAGUAGAUAAAUAGGUACUGCUACUGCGGGAAGGUAAACAGCGUUUCCAUGUGCUGCUCUGAUUCGCCAGAAUCGGCUUAAUCAUGCUGGCCACAUGACCUGGAAACUGUACACCGGCUCCCUUAGCCAAUAACGUGAAAUGAGCACCGCAACCCCAGAGUCUGUCACGACUGGACCUAAUGGUCAGGGGUCCCUUUUGUUAGGAUUCCGUUCCACCUCAAGAGGAACAGGCAUGUAAAGUGUUGCUGUGUGUCACAUGAUUGUACACUUCCGUUUUGCGCUUUUUGUAUUUGCUAUGCAGUACGCACUUGCUAUGCUUAUGCUGAUGAAGAAAGACACGUUUGGUCUUGCUGAAUAAAUGCUUGUAAAUAUGCAAGAGAACGUUUCUGUGUCUCCUCUUGUUGCUGCUGCUGCCAACCACGCUAAACGCUGGAGUGGACUCUGCAGAUAACGUGUCCAAGUUCACAGAGAAAUUGGACCGAUUCCAGUUGGCUACACUGGAGGGAGAAGACACCUGGCAGAUGCUAACCGGGGGGCUUGGAGGCCAGGUCUUCAGUGUGUAUGCCAACACCUUUACCUUUAAAACUCAACUGGUUAUAAAAUAGCAACCUUAGAUACAAUGUAGCAAGCAUCGGCAGCUGUAGUACCCAAGUGGCCAUUGCUAGGGGGUGCUGUUUUGCAACUGCUUCUGAUACCCUGCUUCUGAUUGGUUGGGAAACCAGGUAACUGUCAGAAAUAACUGAUAGCUUGCUGAUUGGAGAUUGCCAGCCCAUGGAGAGGAUGAGGUCCUGCAGGAAAAAAUCCUUCCUGUUAUAAAUUAAAAAGAUCAUUGCAUUUCAAACUUGCCUUUGAACCAGCUGUCCUCCAAGCAGCUCCCAUGUGAAAUAAGCGGAUAUAUCUAUUUCUAUAUCUAUAAUGGCAAGGGAUAAAACCUCAACAGGGUGCUAAUUAGCUGUGCAAAAUUGGAAGUUGCAAGCUCUGAGAUCAGGUCUUUGCAGAGCCUGCUUGUCCUGUUUUUCACCAUGAAUGGCUGCUGUUUCGUAAGGGGAUCCUGCAAUGUGUGAUCCUUGACAAACUGCUUUGGGCAGCAUUAAGGAUGGGUCUCUGUGGGUCGCCCAGUCAGCCUUAUAAUCAAAAUAAAUGCCUAGGCAUUUAAACUACUUAUCUAGCUGAAUGGUGUCUCCACUUAUCACCCACUUAUAUGCUCUCCAUGUUGUUGUUUAGUCGUGUCCGACUCUUCGUGAGCCCAUGGGCCAUAGCACUCUCCAUAUAAGACCAUAAUUUCUAACUUCUCCAAAUUUAGUACAAGUUUGCUACCUUCACAGUAAGGUGGUCGCUCUCAAUCCAGUCCCCCCCCCCCCCGAAGGUUUCAACUUGGUUUCUUAGUGCAGAGGAGCCUCGGAUUUAACUUAUUUCCUCUUCCAGAAAUGUAUGUGAACUCCCCUGGCUGGGUUGCCUGGCAAUGAGCCAUUCCAGAUCAGUCUGCCAAAACUCAUGUACAGUUUGGCAAGACCGACUCCAGAGUCAUUUAUAUAGGAGUCUUUAGAAUAUAAUGGGUCAGAGAAACGUUUAGGCAAGGGGUACACAGUGUCAAAUCCUAGCUCCCUCAGAAAUUCAAGAUUGCCCUUGCCCACGCUUGCAUUAAAAUCACCUGCCGUUAACAAGCCAAUGGUGUGGAAUUCCAGUUCUAAUUCCUCAAGAAAUAAAGUGAGUUGGUUCGAGUAGCCCAAUAGGGCAAGGAGGAAUAAAUACAUUAAGUAUGAUUAGGACUAAAUCUUAAAAACCCAGUAAGAAAUGCCUGGGCAAUGUCAUCCCAUGUCUGGAGGGGACUCACUUUAAAUUUAGUCUCCCUUGCACAAAUAAAGGUUAAUCCCACUUUCUAACGGGCCCAUGAUGUUCUAUUUGUGGGCUAAAAGGGAAUAUGAUUUUUAUCCCUCCAAACAGAUUUCCUAAUGAACCCACCUUUCUUCUAAUAAUAUGAUAUCAAAAGACUCGAUAACACCUUUUAUUAUUAUUAUUACUAGCUGGACCUUGCACGCGUUGCUGUGCCUCAGUUUGUUAAAUGGAGGGUCAGAGUCCCCCUUCAGACUCCCCUGACCGUCAGAGUCCCCCUGUUUUUUGUGUGUGUUAUGUUUAGAUAGGGGUAUCCCUGUGUCUCCCCCCCCACUUUGUAUUGACCCAUUAGAUAGCCCUGUCUCCUAUUCUGGUCCCACCCCCACCCCAGGCAGGGAAGGGUUGACCUAUCCAUGUCUCGUAUUAGGUCCCCCCACUAUAUCUGGGGACGGCCUUACCUAUCCCUGUCCCCUAUUUGGUCCCCCACAACCCAGGCAGGGAAGGGGUUACGUAUCCCUGUCCCCUAUUGCGGUCCCCCCCACCCCACCCAUGCAAGGACUUACCUAUCCCUGCCCCCUAUUUCCACCACCCCCACCUCAAUCAGGGAAGGACUUACCUAUCCAUGCCCCCUAUUUUGACCCCCACCCCACCCCAACCAGGGAAGGCUUUACUUAUCCCUGACCCCUAUUUGGGCUCCCCACCGAUUGAGGGUAAUAUGGAGGGGGUGGGGGUUUGGUGGGUGGUGUUGUAGAGCGAGGGUAAUAUGGAGGUGGUGUGGGGUGUCGAGGUGGGAUUUCUGUGUGU